CCUUCAGCAGUGUAAGGAAAACCAGACAUCACACUCAGAGACAAGGCACUGUUACUACUACACACACUCCCACACAGCACAGCAUCCACACGGCUGUGAUACUACACUCUCUGGCCUGUCCACUGAACUGACAACCUGAACACUCUACGACUCCAUUGGACGAUCGCUGAAAUGGACUGAAACAGAGAGGAUCCAAGUGGAAAAAGAUGGUUCGUUGGUGGACUUUUUGACUUUGCGUUCAGUUCCGGGUUAAAUCGCACCGAAGAGAAGUUGCCUUGACUAUUUUUUCAAUAUUUUUCUUCACUGUUCCUAAGGAGGCUCUCACACCCAUACAUAGUUAGAUUUUUCGACUAUCCUCCUCUCUGCGCCUCAGGAGUCUGUUCCAGUCUCUGCCUCUCAGGGGGUUGUGUUUUUCAGGGUCCAUCUCCUGCCAUCCUCCAUGAUGCUGACAGAGCCGUAUGGGAUGAUGGGGUCCAUGGGUUCCGAGGUGCGAGACCUGAGCUCUCUCUUACCCCCGGUGCCCUCCGUACCUUCCCUAUCAGUGAGCAGCGGGGGCUGUGGCCUGCCCGUUGGGGGUGCCCCUCAGUGGGCACCUUACCUGGACCUCCACCCUGGCUCUCCCUACGGUUCCCUGCCCUCCCACCACUCCCUCAUCAAGCAGGAGCCUGGCUGGGGCUCCACGGACCCUCUGGAGGACCCUCACUGUGGCCUGGGGGCCUUCACGUUGCACUUCUCUGGCCAGUUCACUGGGACAAGCCCCUGUCGGGUUGGGGCCUUCGGUGAGCCAGCUCCAAGCCAGUCCAGGGUGUUUCCUAAUGGAGCCUACCUCCCAGGCUGUGUGGACAGCCCGCCGACCCACAGGAACCAGGGUUAUGGGACAGUAGGUCUGGACGGGGCUCCCAGCUAUGGUCACACUCCGUCUCAACACUCCCCUCAGUUCUCCUGUCAUUCAUUCAAACACGAGGACAUCCUGUCCCCUCCAACUACCAUGGGUGACCAGCAGUACCCUGCCCCUCCCCCCAUGUUUGGUUGCCACCCCCCCUCAGAGAACUGUCCAACCAGCCAGGCUCUACUGCUGAGGAACUAUAACAGUGAUAACUUGUACCAGAUGGCCUCUCAGCUGGAGUGUGUAGCGUGGAACCCUGCUAACACACUGUCCACCAUCAAAAGUCAUGGGACAGGACAUGAGAGUGACCCCACGGCCCCCCCUCCUCCGGUGGUCCUCAGCUGUAGUGCCCAGUACCACAUCCACACACACGGCCUCUACAGAGGACUACAGGAUGUGAGGCGGGUGCCUGGUAUCACACCGUCUGUGGUGAGGUCAUCAGAGACCAAUGAGAAGCGUCCGUUUGUGUGUGCCUACCCCGGCUGCAAUAAGAGAUACUUCAAACUUUCCCACCUGCAGAUGCAUGGCAGGAAACACACGGGAGAAAAGCCGUAUCAGUGUGACUUCACAGACUGUGGACGGAGAUUCUCCAGAUCAGAUCAACUGAAGAGACACCAACGCAGACACACAGGAGUGAAACCAUUCCAGUGUGAGACGUGUCAGAGAAAGUUUUCACGGUCAGACCAUCUUAAGACACACACUCGGACACAUACAGGUGAGAAGCCCUUUACAUGCCGCUGGUCCAGCUGUCAGAAGAAGUUUGCCAGGUCUGAUGAGUUAGUUCGCCACCACAGCAUGCACCAGAGGAACCUGAUCAAAUUACAGUCUGCCAUCUGACCAGUACUAAACCGGUUUGGACUGGACUAGACUGGAUUGGACCGUACCAAACGCAUAGCCAUCUGACCAGUACUAAACCGGUUUGGACUGGACUAGACUGGAUUGGACCGUACCAAACGCAUAGCCAUCUGAGCAACAAUGAUGACUGGACCUAAGCCCACCGAGUGCCAUAAGUGGAAAGUACAACUCAAAUAUGGCCUCUAUUGCUCCAACUAAAGAACAUAGUUUCACCAUGCACCCCUUUGGAUGGAAGACGAACAGAUCAAUGCCACCUCAGAUUUAUGUCACAUCAGCCAAUGAAUAUCAACGGUUACUGUAGCUUCAACCCCUGAUAACCCUGUACUAGGAUUCCCUGUUUUUAUUGUUAUAAAUCAAAUAGUUGAUAUUUUUCUUAUGUACACAACCAGCUUCAUCCUGAGACAUGAUUAAGAAUCUGCUGUCUGGGUGAGAAGAACAUCAGUUGUUAUUAUUUUGUUGUUGUAUUAUAAUUGCACUGGCUUUAUGUUCAUUUUUCUGCCAUAAAUGUUUUACUACAGAUGUAGGAUCUUAAUUUGACACGGUUUGCUACAGCAAGAAAAUAAUACGGCAGCAACAAGAAAUGGGAAUUAUUAUGUGGAUUAUAAUUAAUAGACAUUUAAGUUGGGGUUGAUAUAUUUUUUGUAAGGGAAAAUCAAGUCUGAAAUUUCAAAUUGGAAAUUAUAAACUUCAGAAGCCUUUUAAAACCUCAAACAAGUUUGACAUUUCCUGCAUAUCAAAUUAAGAUCCUAGACCUGUAUGUACUGGAGCUAGACCAUGUAAACUGGAGUUAGGAAACAGACAAUGUCACUCUAUGUCCAACGAGACAACGAGUAAAACAGAAAAUGAUACUGUGAUUGUUGGAGGAAAUGUGUACAUGUGUUUUAUGUGCCUACAGUGUAAAAUGUCACUUCCUUUGUGUAUAUAUGACUCCUUGCUAUCCUUUUUAAACAGUCGUUUUGUAUUUUUGUACUGUUCAAAUGUAUUAAAUGUUGAUCUUUUGGUCA